AUGAAGAUUAUCAACUGGUUCGAAUUCUUCUUCGUAGGGUGGCCAGGGUGCUCAAUAGUGGCUUUUACUAUUGAGUUAAUACACCAUAGUUGGGAUACCAUCCCCGUGGAGGGUUUCAAGUAUAGUAGCUCGUCUUUAGCUACGGACGACAUGGUUAGAUUUGGUGUACAACCUAGGUUUUUUGAGGUGUAUACAGAUAGAGCUUCAAUAUAUAUGAAUAAAGUGCUUAUGGUGUGGCAUGGAAGCUCCUCGUAUAAAGUUAGAAAGGGUGAAUCUUCUGGUAAUUUACCUACCCACUAUAGCACUGCCACAAUAGGAGUGUUCUGGGGCCAUGGCCUGUAUGACCCUACAGAUCCUCCUACUCACAGAUGA